AUGCGAGGUUUCCUCAUUGUCAUAGUUGCAAAUUGUGUACUAGCAGCAGCUUCAUUGCGAUCUUUAUUCCAAUCAAACGUAGCGAUUUAUAAAGAUAAGACGUGCAAUAACCACGUAAUUAAAGCCCAAGACAUUCAACUAGCUGUAACUCGGGCAUGUCAGUUAGUUAAGGAAAAAAAAAGAGGCCAUCGCAAAAGACUCCGGGGAAAUACAGAAAAUCAGAGCUCCUCUAGCUUAUUAGAAGAAUAUACCUUGCCCAGAGGUAAAUUGUAUUACAGAUAUCCUCUAAACUCUGCUCUUCAACCGCCCAGAAAUAAAUAUACCCUUGAUACCUAUGUGAUUAUCAGCCCUAGAUGCAAAUUUCACAGUCUAAUGUAUCACAAUGUAUAUGCUUACUUAGGAUUAGCUUUAAAGGGAUGCACAUAA